UUCAUGAAGCCAAACGGGGGGGACCGCCCAGGAGGCAGGCAGCGGAGAGAUCAUGAAUUAUUCAUGAUAAGCGUCUCAUCCCGCCCAAAAAAGACCUCGUUGACUAUUCAUGAGCCCGAGAGGGUUUGGGCUGGAAAAGGCCGUUGGGUAGCCACCCUUCUGAGAGAGGCGUCGACGAGCUGAGGUUUGACCUGUCAAAAGAAUCCUGAUACAUUAUUACAAUGGCCACUGCUCAGCUCUCUCACUCUAUCAAAAUUCACAAAGCAUCUAAGGAAACCGUUUUUCCAUCCCAAAUCACUAAUGAGCAUGAGUCAUUGAUAAUGGUGAAGAAACUUUUUGCUACUUCUAUCUCAUGUAUAACAUAUCUAAGAGGCCUGUUUCCGGAGAGCUCUUACGGAGAACGCCAUUUGGAUGACCUCAGUUUAAAAAUCCUUCGAGAAGAUAAAAAAUGUCCUGGGUCACUGCACAUUAUCAAAUGGAUCCAAGGUUGUUUUGAUGCUUUGGAAAAGAGAUACCUACACAUGGCAGUACUUACACUUUACACAAAUCCCAAAGAACCUGAGAAAGUGACUGAGAUAUACCAGUUCAAAUUCAAAUACACAAAAGAAGGAGCCACUAUGGAUUUUGACAGUAGUACAAGCUUCGAAAGUGGGACAAACAGUGAAGAUAUUAAGAAAGCCAGUGUUCUACUGAUCCGUAAAUUAUAUAUACUGAUGCAGAACCUUGGACCCCUUCCUAAUGAUGUUAUACUUACUAUGAAACUCCACUACUAUAAUGCGGUGACUCCACAUGAUUACCAACCCCCUGGUUUUAAAGAAGGGGUAAACUCACACUUCCUCCUGUUCGAGGGGGAGCCUGUAAACUUGCAAGUGGGAUUGGUCUCCACUGGCUUUCAUAGCAUGAAAGUAAAAGUCACAACUGAGGCCACCAGAGUGUCUGAUUUGGAGAACAAUCUCUUUCAGGAGAACAGCACUACUGAGAUCGCUCAUCAGGGUCUAGACUUUGAUGAAGAAGAAGAAGAAUGCAACAGUCAUAUUCAAAGAAUGAAUUUUGCGUACAGUCAGCAAAGUUCUGAGAUCUCCAGGAAGAAGAGGAAGGUCAGCGAACCAGUGAAAGUCUUCAUCCCUGACAGAAAAUGAAAGUUGGAUGUCUUCACUGCAUUUACUCUAAAAUGAUUUUAUUUUGCAACAAACAUGCAUGAAGUGUCUUAAGUAGGAAAGUAAGUUCCUAUCACCAAAACCUUUUACUGAAUUUGUUGCUCAACUUUUUUAGUCAGUUUUCAGUUUACUAAGUGCUCAAUUACUGGGUAGGACAUGGGUUCACUUUGCCAAAAGGAAACAAGGUCGCCAGGGCUGCCUUGGGAUAGCAGUACUUCAAGGCUGAGUUAGAGACGAGACACCCUUUAUAUCUGUAAAAGAACCACAGCAGCUAUUUCGAAAAGAAAUAAGCUGUUGUUCUCAAAAGGAAGGAGGGUUUUCCUUGCAUAACUAAACUCCCCAGGUAUUUAGUCUACUGUGAAAUGUUGCAACUUGUUGUAACCUGUGUACUGGAAUCCCUCUAUCGCUUUAUUAGAAUUCCCACAGAAUUGCAUAGGUUGUAUGUGGUGGUGCUUAUGCAGGUGUGAUUUUUCUGUUAACUCCAAUUACGAGAUUGAUCAACGAAGUGUUGGACCAAAAUGUCCUCUCCCUGUAAAGUUCCUUGAAUCUGGCCCUCCACCCCGCUCUGUUGGCCACCUGAGAAAGGCCUUCUGAAGUCUCAUGUUGAAUGCUUUCUGACAAACACUUCACUUUAUCAGUCUAUAACCUGCGGGUGAUGUUAUUAGUUCCCUCCUUAUUUUGGGACAUUUGAUAAACUCAAUGAUUAGUAUUAGACACAUAAUAUAGGACUUAAAAGUGUUUUUAUUAUUUAAUAACAAAGAAUUUAAAAAUUUAAUUUAAAUGGACAGGACCAAUAGGUUAAAUGUUGAAUGUAUGUGCUUUCCAGUUAAAUAAAACCAAAACACAAAGUGUUUGUUUGUUUGU